AGGUCUGAUGUCGCUAACGUCAGACUGACUGCAGCGGAACAUCCCAGUGAAGGAAGAAAAGCAGGACUGAAUCUGUCCUACAAAGGUAAACACCAGAUGAGCAAAGGCAUGGGAAACCACAUAGACGCAUCUUUAAAGAAGUUUUAAAAGGCAGAACUUAAACAUAAAAGAAGAUGUAAUGUAUGUUCAAGAACAUUUUCCCAAUGAAAAAGAAAGAAUUGCAUGAAAUCAAAAAUCUGCAGAAGCAAAAGAAAGAAAUCUGUCACAUUGUGAAGACAUGGAGGAUCCUGUAGGAGGAGACUGCUCUUCCUUUCUCAGAAGGCCAUCUCAAAUCCUACUUACUUCCUUCUCACGUCUCUUCCCAUACAAAACAUGGUCCUCUUAUAGACUGUAUCCCCACAUUGUAUUACUUACUCACUGGAAUACCAGUGGCACUGAAGUCAGUGAGAAAGGAACUGUUAUAUGGCGAUCAAAAUCAGUGUCUAUCCCUCAGAUGAAAAUAUUGACUGAAGCAUCAAGGUUACCUGACAUGAGAUUAAAGGAGUUUAAACCUGCCAUCACUGCUGAUAACUGUCAUGAUGAAACCUGCCUGUUCCAGUGCUCCAGUGCAGGUCUGUACCAGUGCAGUGUGACCGGCCUGGUGUUUGACAUGAAGGGAAAAGGAGACGUGGUUUACAGGACUGCCCUUUGGAACAGGAAGCUGCUGGACAAACACCACAAGAAGCCUGCAGGACCCCUGUUUGACAUCAAAUGUCAGCAGCAGUCUGUGAGUCAGCUUCAUCUCCCACACUGUGAGCUCAUCUCCACAGGUGGAGGUCAGUUCUUGCAGGUCGCUCAUGUGAAUGAUGAGGGCAUUGAGUUCAUCACCCCUCACCAGAUAACAGAAACUCAUGUUGUUGUAAACAUCACAGACUUUUCUGGUUAUGGUAUAGUCAGGGAUGAAGACUCUCCCCCUGACCCAGUCCAAGCCUUGGUUUUGCUCUUUUACAAAUCUCCAGAAGAAGGUGAUCUCAGAUCUGUCCUCAGUGUGUUGUUGGUGCCAAGAAAUGUGGUGACUUGUCAAGUUAAGAACAUCAGGACGAAAUUAAUUGGAGAGGAGACAUACAUAGACAUACCCUCUAAAUGCAAUCUGCAUCCAAACCAGUUUUACUCUCUUUCCACCGUUCCUGAUGAUGGUCUGAUUGUAGUUCAACCAAAUGAAACAGUGUUUGAUGACAUGUCUCCUGACAAUCCUGUCCCAUCCUUCCAAGUGAUUUUUAAUAGACUCAUUAGAAAUAUUAACCUGAGUCUGAAACACCAGAGCAGCUCCAGCUGUGUCUGGGAAAGUGAGGUUUGUCUUUUGCCCAACAGAAUGAGAAGCACGAGUAUCUGUUCAAAUCAGAAGCUGUUAAAAGUACGGAGCUUGUUCAUUGAUAAGAUAUCAGAACCUGUUCUCAGCAGUCUGCUCGACAAACUGCUGGAGAAAAAUGUGAUAAGUGAUGCAGAGAGGGAGGCAGCAGAUGCAAAGAAAAAGAGAAGCAAAAAAGCUCGUUUGGUUUUUGACACAGUGAGGAGGAAAGGUGACCGUGCCAUUUUAGAAAUGACGGAGUCCCUUUGUGAGCUCGAUUCCUUCCUCUGCAGAAAUCUUGGGUUGCUAUGACAUUAUUAUCUUGACCUCCAGUAACACAGUGAGGAAUUUUUGACCAGGACAUGUCCUUGAAUGCACAUAUGAAAGCUACGUACGUCAGCUUUCUUUCAUUUUCACAAUUUCUCUAAAAUUAGGCACUGAAAAACUAGUUCAUGCAUUUAUUACUUCUAGGCUGGACUACUAUAAUUCAUUAUCAUCAGUAUCAUUAACUUCCUGAAAAUCCUUCAGUUAAUCCAAAAUGCUGCAGCAACAGUACUGACAGGGAUUAGAAAGAGAAACCAUAUUCCUGCUUUCACCCCAUUAUAGUCAGCCUCUUCUUAAUGACCUCAUAAUGCUAUUUCACCCCAUUAGAUUCACUUCUAAGUGAGGAGUGAGGAGGAAAGGUGAAGAUGCCAUUUUAGAAAUGACGGAGUCUCUUUGUGAGCUCGAUUCCUUCCUCUGCAGAAAUCUUGGGUUGCUAUGAGAGCAUCUAGUUAACUUUGCUGAAACUGCUUGAAUCUGAGUCUUCAGUCUGCUUCAAAUCACAUUGCCUUCAUCAUUCUGUUACAAGUGGAUUUCAGUUCGUCUAAAUAGGACUGCUCUAACUUUUCCAGUUUGUUUUAGCAAAGAAAAUCCAAGCUUUUCUCUUUUUUUUUAUAGAUUUUGACUACCUUUAUUUUAAUGCCUCUAAAUUCGGGUGAAACUAAAGUUAUUAUACCUUGGCUCUAAAAAUAUUAGAAACAUGAUUUCUAGGAUUAAUCUUACUCUGGAUGGUAUUACUUUGACCUCAAGUAAACCAGUGAGGAAACGGACGUUUUUUGCAUUUUUAUUCUUGAAUGCAAAUAUUAAACAAAUAUGUACAACAGCUUUCUAUUAUUGCGCAAUUUCUCUAAGAUUAGACACAGGAAAAACUAGUUUCUGUCUUUCUCCAGUCACCCUAACCGGUUGCAGCUUAUAGCCAAACCUCCCUCAGCCUGUUUCUUCUUCCUGUUAAAACUGAGUUUCUUUGUCAUGGAUUAGGUCUCUGACCCAGAAUUUCUGAGGGUUUUCUGGGUUUUUUGAGUCUCUUAUUGUGGGUUUAGUUGAGUUCGGGUUUCCAUUAUUAUCAUUGGUUUCAUGGGUUAUUGUAUUGUCUUUCUUGCCUGUCAUGUGCAUUAGGCCUGUGUAUGGUCAAGUUUGUGUUGUCAUGUGUACGACUCCAUGUUUUAUUUUGAAAGAGUCUGGUGUGUUCUUGUUCAUUGUGACUUUCCCCGUAGCUUCAUGUGGUUCAUGUGUGUCAGCUGUUUCCCCAUGUGUUCCCACUUCCCCUGAUCACCUCUUGUGUAUUCAAGUCCCCUGUCUUCUGUGUGUCAUUGUCAGGUCAUCUGUUAUAAUCUCCACAGUUUUCAUAGUCUGUCACAGUUUUUCAUACUUCUUGUGUUUUGCUGCUGUCAUCAGCCAAAAUAAAGACUCGUUUUCUUUUCAAAUGCAACACCUCUCUCCGCCGAUGUGCAUCUGGGUCCUGAAAUCAACACACCGGCGGACCCCACCGUAACAUUUUUCCUUCUCUCGCCAAAGCAUUUGGGUCAUUUAAUUGUUGGGACUUCUGUUUUCACUAUAUUAUUGUAGGGUCUACAUAUAAAGCACCUUGAGGCAACUGCUGUUGUGAUUUGGUGCUAUGAAAAUGUUUCUCCCAGUGUUUCUCCCAACAGUAACUUGAGGAAGCUGAGGUGCCAGCAACUUUUCCUGGUAGUUUGCCCAUUCUCAUUCUGAAUAAACCUCUGGCCUUUGACGUUAAACUGAUGGGAGUGCAGCAUCUGAGGCAAGCUUGCACUGGCUCAUCUUUCACUGUUCUAGAUCAGUUAGACCUGAAUGUCGCCUCUGUCAGUGCUCCCCAGGGUGGCUGUGGCUACAAUGUAGCUUGCCAUCACCAGUGUGUGAAUGUGUGUGUGAAUGGGUG